GGAGCAUCUGCCAAUUCAACACUGACAACACGAACUUGCGAGAUAUGGAGAAUGGCUCAAACCUGGUGACGGGUGCAGCAGAGGCUCUUAAACGCCAUACAUGUUAUGAUCUACUACCGGUCAGCUACAAAAUUAUUGUACUUGACACAUCUCUAUUGGUGAAAAAAGCCUUGGCAGCUUUACUUCAACAUGGAGUUCAGUCGGCUCCGCUCUGGGAUUCUUCUGAGCAGCGGUUUGCCGGAAUGUUGACUGUAACGGAUUUUAUCUACCUUAUUCGAUAUUACUAUAAUCACACGUCCUACGAGUCUGCCAUCGAAGAGAUUGAACAGCUGCAAAUAGCCGGGCUCCGAGAUAUCGAGCGAAAAAUGGAAGUUCUACGUCCUCGAAAUAUAUCUAUCCAUCCAAUGCAAACGUUGUACGAAGCAAGUAAACUUCUAUUAGAUGAUCAUCUCCACCGCCUUCCGCUCGUUGAUCGAAGUGGUGAUCAGGAGACAGUGGUAUCAGUAGUCACCCAGUACAAGAUUCUGAAAUAUCUUGCUGCGAAUGCACCUGCCGUUACCAAACUAGAUGUCACACUGAAAGAUCUUGGCAUCGGGACUUUUGAGAAUCUUGCCACGGCGACAGCAACAACACCACUCAUUACAGUACUUAAUCUGUUUAUAGAACGAAAGAUAUCCGCCGUGCCCAUUGUAGAUGACGAAGGAAAUGUGCUGGAUGUGUAUGAGAAAUAUGAUGUCCUGAUGCUGGCGCGGGAAGGGGCUUACUACGAUCUAGAGAUGCCCGUAAGCGAAGCAUUAGUGAAGCGAUCACCGGAUUUUGAGGGUAUCCACACAUGCACUCUAUCAGACACAUUAGGUCAUGUUCUAGAGACCAUUCGCCGAAUGCCCGUACAUCGAUUUAUUGUUGUUCAAGAUAACAAGUUGAAAGGCGUUGUCUCACUCAGCGAUCUAUUGGGGUAUUUGAUUGAACACUGAGAGAAUACAGUUUGUUAAAUAUCCUUGUAUAUAAUGUGUGAAUAAUACAUAAUUGGACGUGCGACGUGCUGGG